AUGGCAAAACAAGGUCACCAUAGGCGAGGUCGAUGCACAAGGCAGACUCCGAUCACAAAACAGCAGUCUUCCCCUAUUCUUGGUGGGGGAGCGACAUCGAAUGACAGACGGCGGUUCGAGCCAGCAACCCACCGGCACUGCUUCCGCUACCCCACAAAGAGACAGGAUCGUCCGCUGCUGCCGUCUUGGUUCCUUUACGGCCAAGACCUUGCUUGUUCGGGGUUGACGCUGGCCCCCGAAUUUCGUCUAAUCCAAUCCAUGGCGGUUGAGCAACAUGCGAUUCUUGCUAGUCUUAUGCAAGCCACCUACGGAAUGGGCGAAUAAAUAUUUAAUUAAUUAAUUAAAUUGAGCUUUCCAUAUAACAAAAC